AUGUCUGCACCAACGAAAGUCACUUUUCCCUCUUUCAUGCUGCAGAUCAGCGGCGAGCUCUAUGCACCUGUAGCCGGCUCUCCUGACCACAAGGGUGCUGCAGUUGUGAUCAGUCACCCCAUGACCGGUGUUAAAGAACAAACCUCUGCGGACCAUGCCCGAUUCCUAUCCAAAGCCGGUUUCUACGCCCUCACGUUCGACGCAGGGUACCAAGGGGAAAGCACCGGCCAGCCACGUGGCCUUGAAGAUCCCCAUCAGAGAGUAGAAGAUAACAAGGCUGCUGUGAGCUACUUGACCACUCUCAAGGGCAAGGUUGACCCGGCCCGUAUUGGUGUCCUUGGAAUUUGCGCCUCGGGUGGUUAUACAUCCUACGCGGCCCAGUCUGACUCGCGGGUCAAGGCUCUGGCAACUGUCAGUGCCGCUUGUGUUGGUCGCAUGACCCGUAAUGGAGGCCUACAUGAGGAAAACAACAAGGAGACCCCUCAGGCUAUUGCCGGGGCUCUUCAGGCGGCAGGACAAUGGCGGACGCAGGAGGCUCGCGGGCCUCACUCGGAACCGCCCCCCAUGUUCAGCUCCGACAUCAAGCAGAUUCCCGAUGAUGCCGACUCUUUCUUCAAGGAUGCAGCUGCAUACUACGGAUCUAAGCGCGGAAACCAUCCACGUUCGGACCAGAAAGUUCCUCCCUCCAGCUACGACCUUAUGGUCAGCUAUGACUCAUUCAACUUCCAACACCUGAUCUCUCCACGGCCAUUGUUAAUGAUCGCCGGAUCCAAGGCUCAGACUCUUCACUACAGUGCAACCGCAGUUGCUGCGGCCCGUGAGCCUAAGGAGCUCUUCAUCGUCGAAGGAAAGAACCAUUUCGACCUCUAUGAUGACCUUGCGGUAUCUGGCCCGAAGCUUGUGGAGUUUUUCGGAAAGAAUCUCUGA